AUGAGGUUUCGGGCCAGGAUCACCAGCAAGAGUGUUCUAGAACUCUUUAUCCAGGUCAGCGGCACCGUAACAAAGCUGGCGAAGGUCUGUGUGCUCCGCGUGUGUCCGGACAGGCUGUGCUUCUGCCCCACAGGCCUGCCGGGUGAGGCCCGGUUGUGGGGUGAGGUGAAGCGGGGCGUCUUCCACCACUUCUGCAUGGAGGGUGUUUCGGAGGAGUUCAAUGAGAUCUAUCUAGAGCUGAUGUCUGAGCAUCUGGCCAGAGCCGUAAAGAAUGCGGGCAACGCUUCAUCCCUGAAGCUCCAGCUCACCAACAAGCUUCGUCCCUGCCUCACUGUGGUGGUGGAGCUGGCGUCGUGUCCUGGCCACACCCGCGCCAUGGUCCACGACUUGCCUGUGAAGGUGCUUCCUAGAAGGUGGUGGAAAGAGUGCACCGAGCCCCGAGUUUGGGCCUCUGAUGUGAGUGUUUAUCUGCCAUCUUUGAAGACCCUGAAGAACAUGGUGGAGAGAAUGGCAAACGUGGGCGAUCGUGUGCUGGUGGAAGCAAACCUAAAUGGCAAAAUGAACUUGAGCGUAGAAACUGAUGUAGUGACAAUUAAAAGCUAUUUUAAAAAUCUUGGAAAUCCUCCAAAGGCUGUUAUGGGUGCGACUCAAGGUGGAGACCCAGGGAACAUGGUGCAAGUGAGGGUGGACAAUAGGAAGCUGCUACUAUGUUUUGAAGGACAGCAGAUAAAUCCCACAGUGGCUCUAUGUAAUAUUUUGAGCAAUACUCUGCUUCAUCUUGUUUUGGUUCAUGAUGGUGUCUCUCUUCAGUAUUUUAUCCCUGCUUCAUAAAUAGUCAAGCAGUCCUGCUUUUCUUUUCAAAGAAAUCUUAAUUCAAGAUCUUUCCAGAACUGAAACUGAGUUACUUGAAUGAAAAGCCUGCUCCCGGUGGAUUAUGUAGGGUGUUUGCUUUGUUGAGUGCUCCCUUUGUAAAA